GGCGGGGCUCCGGGCUGGCAGCGCCGCGGAGCCGGAGCGGAGCCGCCCGAGCGGCGCCUGCAGCGGAGGCGCCAGGAUGGGGGACACUGCUAGCACCAAGCAGGGGUGGCAGUGAGGCAGGGGGGGGCAGAGGAAGAGGAUGGAGAGGGGGGGGCGAAGGUGAAGGCAGCCCCCCCCUCCCAAAAGAGCCCCCACCCCAUCGGGCCAUCGCCAUGGCGACAAAUUUUAACGACAUCAUCAAGCAAGGCUAUGUAAGGAUGAAGAGCAAGAAGCUGGGGAUCUACCGCCGGUGCUGGCUGGUCUUCCGGAAAUCCUCCAGCAAAGGGCCCCAGCGCCUGGAGAAGUACCCGGAUGAGAAGGCGGCGUGCCUGCGCGGGUGCCCCAAGGUGACUGAGAUCAGCAAUGUCAAGUGCAUCACCCGGCUGCCCAAGGAGACCAAGAGACAGGCCGUGGCCAUCGUUUUCACUGAUGACUCCGCCCGGACCUUCACCUGCGAUUCGGAGCUGGAGGCCGAGGAGUGGUACAAGACGCUGUCGGUGGAGUGCCUGGGUGCCCGCCUGAACGACAUCAGCCUGGGGGAGCCCGACCUGCUGGCGCCCGGCGUGCAGUGCGAGCAGACGGACCGGUUCAACGUGUUCCUCCUCCCCUGCCCCAACCUGGACGUUUAUGGCGAGUGCAAGCUGCAGAUCACUCAUGAGAACAUCUACCUCUGGGACUCGCACAACCCCCGCGUGAAGCUGGUCUCCUGGCCCCUCUGCUCCCUGCGCCGCUAUGGGCGUGAUGCCACCCGCUUCACUUUUGAGGCCGGACGGAUGUGUGAUGCGGGGGAAGGUCUCUACACCUUCCAGACGCAGGAGGGCGAGCAGAUCUACCAGCGUGUGCACAGUGCCACGUUGGCCAUUGCCGAGCAGCACAAGAGGGUCUUGCUGGAGAUGGAGAAGAACGUCAGGCUGCUGAACAAGGGCACUGAGCACUUCUCCUACCCCUGCACCCCCACCACCAUGCUGCCCCGCAGUGCCUACUGGCACCACAUCACUGGCUCCCAGAACAUGGCUGAGUCCUCCAGCUACACUGGGGAGGCAUAUGCAGGCGCCCAGGCCAGCUCCGACACCGACCUCCUCAACAGGUUCAUCUUGCUGAAGCCAAAGUCCUCCAAAAGUGACAAGCCUGAAAGCAGGGAGCCCACAACGUCCCCGUGAGCUGGUGGGGUGGGGACCGUGGCAGGGGUCCCAUUUUUCUUUCCUAAAGGGUGGCAAGGACACAGGCAGCCACCCCUCCAAGUCCCCAGGGAGACUGAGCUGGGGUAUCCUCUAUGCCAAGACCUUGGGGAGAUGGCGCUGGCUUGCACCCUGGCCUGAUGUUAGUGGAGGUGACGGCUGGCUCAGCCUCAACUGACUUGCAAUAUAUAUUGAAUAUCCAUAUUAUAAGAGAUUUUUCCUUUUCACAUGAAUGCAAACUUUGUGGCUGCUGAAGAGCCCUCUGGCAGAGAUGCUCAGAGGUUUUUGACUCUUGGGGAUCCAGCUGGAGGUAAAGCUUAGGGGGGAGGGGGCUUGUCAAGAAAUUUGGUGUUUUCUGUGAGGGGGUGAGGCUGGGGCAUUGCCCCAUCACGGGGAUGGAGCAGCGCUGGAGGAUGCAGCCUUGCCAGGCUGAAGGCGUGGGGUACCAGCAUCUCAUCCCCCAUGAAGAGUGGGGUGCUCCUGAGGAUGCCCCACCAUCCCUGAGCUGAUUUUUGCACUUCUCAAAGAUAUUUAAACACUUGCUGUAAAAUUGAGACGUCUCAGGAGAAACUGGUUUUCCCUCCGUGUCAAUGGCUGGAGCGAGCAACCAGGCAGAACUGAAGCCUCUGGCCUUCCCAGGCUGCCCCCAGCCCAGCACCCCUCGCUCCUCCACCUACCGCCACUCCCCCCAGCCAUGCCCCUGGUUUAUCUGCUGGUGGGCAACCCAGGGACCAGUUUUGGCCAGUAGCAUCUGUCCCCUGAGGGGCAGCUUUGCGGAUAUACAAAGUCCCUGGGCCGAGAAGCUCAUGCUGAUGGGGGAAGAGCCGUGUUUCUCCGUGCACCCCCGUUCCCACAGUCCUUGGCCCCUCCUCACCCAGUGGUGCAGCCAGGUAAAAGCCCUGGCCCUGGGGGAGCUGGGCUUCAUGUGCUGAACUCAAAAGCAAUUGAUUUUUUUUCUAGUUCUCCUAUUUAUUGACCUCUUUAGAAGGGCUAUCUUUUUAUUGCUGUGCAAACCUUGGUGUUUCUUUGGAGUCUUCUUUCAGUCUGGGUUGGGUGGUUGGUGGUUUUAUUUCUGCCCUUAAAGCUCCAGGUUUGUGCUUUGGGGCCAGGGAGCAUCGUGAUGUGGGAACCUGUGGUAUGUAAAUACUGUGUCUUGGGUUCGUGUAGCUUGCGGCUGAGGCUGGGGGGGAUGGAGCAGAGCUGCUCCCCACAGCACGGCUGGGCACAGAGGGGCUCGGCAGCACCCCAGCACUGCCUGGUAGCGUGUCCUCCCCUGAGUGAGAGGUGUAACACACACUCUUUUCCUGGCUACACACCUCAUGUGGAAAAAGAUUUAACAUUUAUUACCAAAAAAGUUGGGUUUUCUUUUUUUUUAAGGAGUUGCUCAAUGAAUAAACAACCCUUAUCCACC